AUGAUUCGCGGCGGGUUAAAAUGGAAAGAACGGGUGGUUGUCGGUUUGUGCGUUGCCGUGGUGUUGUUCACUUUGUUGGUCCUUGUGGAUGUUCAAAUGGAUCUUGGGUUCGCGACGAGACCCGCUUUAGUGGCGAGUCACGGACGUGUUAAGUUUGAUAUGCCCGAAGAAAGACCCGAAAGUGUUUAUAACAGAUUCAAGAAGAGGUUGUUGCAGAAGAACCAGAGCGGUGUCAGUGCGAACGUGUCCAAAGAAAGUCUUCCGAACGAGCCAUCAGCCUUUAAGCACAUCCAAUACGGCUCUACGGGCAAUCAAGACGAAGCGCUCCUGAACUCGAACAGUCAAAAAGGUGGUGGUAAACCGUCCGGUCAGCAUGAACAUCAGCAUGACGAUUUCACCGACAUCGUUGACUACAUCAUGUUGGACGAACCGGAAAGGGACAAAUUUAGGAAUUCAAUGGACAAACGUCAGCCUGUCAUUUACGAUGAGAAAUUUAAGGACAAGAAUAAAAACAAAAAGGAGCUUCCUACUAUUGGGAAAAUAAAGAAGAUGACAAUUGAAAAGAACUCCACCGAUCUAGAGAAAUUCCACUACUACAUCGCUCAAAAUGAAUUAUACCCUGAAGACAGUCCCUAUGUAGAUAAAAUUCUUUAUGAAAUGGCUAGUGAACCAAUUGUACACGUCUCUUUAUCCGAAUCCAGAUUUAAAAUUUACGUACGAGAAAUAUUUGGUGGCGGUGCUCAAAAGACAGGCGGAACUCAAUUGAAACUCAUUAUUGAGUAUGGCAAUGGAAUGAAUUCUCUCUUCAAGCCAAUGAGAUUUCCUAGGCAGCAACAAACUCUGCCCAAUCACUUUUACUUUACUGAUUAUGAGCGACAUAACGCUGAAAUCGCUGCAUUCCAUUUAGACAGGCUCAUGGGUUUCCGACGUGCCAUGCCUGUUACUGGCCGUUUGCUCAACAUGACAACAGAACUGUACGAAAAAACGGAAGGUGACCUCUUGAACACAUUCUUUGUUUCGCCCAGCGACAAUCUGUGUUUUCAUGGAAAAUGCUCGUAUUACUGCGACACCUCGCAUGCCAUUUGCGGAAAUCCUGAUACACUCGAGGGAAGUUUUGCGGCUUUUUUACCAUCUUCUAAACUUGCUCCUACAAAGAUAUGGAGGCAUCCAUGGAGGCGAUCGUACCACAAGCGAAGGAAAGCACAAUGGGAGACAGAUCCCAACUAUUGCCAACUUGUUAAAGAGAUCCAUCCCUAUAAUAAGGGUAGACGUUUGUAUGAUAUAAUGGAUAUGUCUGUCUUUGAUUUCCUUAUUGGCAAUAUGGACAGGCAUCAUUACGAAACUUUCAGGUUAUUUGGAAAUGACACCUUUACACUACAUCUAGAUCAUGGUAGAGGUUUUGGAAAGCCAUACCAUGACGAAUUGACUAUAUUAGCACCUGUACUUCAAUGUUGUUUGAUGAGGCAAUCUACAUUAGAGACUUUAUUAAGGUUUCACAAUGGCCCAAUUAAACUUAGCGAAGCCAUGCGCCAAAGUAUGAGCUCAGAUCCCAUCAAUCCGAUACUCUGGGAGCCUCAUCUAGUAGCCUUAGAUCGUAGAGUAGAAAUUAUCCUGAGAGGAAUGAGAGACUGCAUAAUGAAAGGCGAAAAUCCAAAUUCGAUAAUCGAAAAUGAGACGUAG